GCGGCAGCAGCAGCCCUGAGGAGGGUGAGACGGCCGCGGCGGCGGCACUGGGAGGCCGGGCGGGACCUAGAGCUUCCAGCCUGUCGCUGGCGCUGAGGCUUUUCCUUUCCUUGCCGGCGUCUUGCUCACGGCCCUGGCUGGGCAGGGCAGAGCGCCCCCGGGGAGGGGCGGAGCUGUAGAUAUGGUGUAAGAUAUUUCUUCAAGAUUGGACAGCUGGGGACCUGUUACUUCUGAUUAGCCUUAAGCCAACUUAUAGCCAUAGAGAAACCUCACGGAGUUCCAUUUUUUGUUUUCUGCUUCACGCCUUUCCUGACACCUAAGUUCACCUUGCAAUCAUGUAUGGAAGUGCUCGCUCAGUUGGGAAGGUGGAACCAAGCAACCAGAGUCCUGGGCGUUCACCUAGGCUUCCACGUUCCCCUCGCUUGGGUCAUCGUCGAACCAAUAGUACAGGAGGGAGUUCUGGAAGCAGUGUUGGAGGUGGCAGUGGGAAAACCCUUUCAAUGGAGAAUAUACAGUCCUUAAAUGCUGCCUAUGCCACGUCUGGCCCGAUGUACCUAAGUGACCAUGAAAACGUGGGUUCAGAAACACCUAAGAGCACCAUGACUCUUGGCCGGUCAGGGGGACGUCUGCCUUAUGGUGUUAGGAUGACUGCUAUGGGCAGUAGCCCCAAUAUAGCUAGCAGUGGGGUUGCUAGUGACACCAUAGCAUUUGGAGAGCAUCACCUCCCUCCUGUGAGUAUGGCAUCUACUGUACCUCACUCUCUUCGUCAAGCAAGAGAUAACACAAUCAUGGAUCUGCAGACACAGUUGAAGGAAGUAUUAAGGGAAAACGAUCUCUUAAGGAAGGAUGUGGAAGUAAAGGAGAGCAAAUUGAGUUCUUCAAUGAAUAGCAUCAAGACCUUCUGGAGCCCAGAGCUGAAGAAAGAAAGAGCGCUGAGAAAAGACGAAGCUUCCAAAAUCACCAUUUGGAAGGAACAGUACAGAGUUGUGCAGGAAGAAAACCAGCACAUGCAGAUGACAAUCCAGGCUCUCCAGGAUGAAUUGCGGAUCCAAAGGGACCUGAAUCAACUGUUUCAACAAGAUAGUAGCAAUAGGACUGGUGAACCUUGUGUGGCAGAGCUGACAGAGGAGAACUUUCAAAGGCUACAUGCUGAGCACGAGCGGCAGGCCAAAGAGCUGUUUCUUCUUCGAAAGACCUUGGAGGAAAUGGAACUGCGUAUUGAGACUCAGAAGCAAACCCUAAAUGCUCGAGAUGAAUCCAUCAAGAAGCUUCUGGAGAUGUUGCAGAGCAAAGGACUUUCUGCCAAGGCUACCGAGGAAGACCAUGAGAGAACAAGACGCCUGGCGGAGGCAGAGAUGCAUGUCCACCACCUAGAAAGCCUUUUGGAGCAGAAGGAAAAAGAGAACAAUAUGUUGAGAGAGGAGAUGCAUCGGAGAUUUGAGAAUGCCCCUGAUUCUGCCAAAACAAAAGCCCUGCAAACUGUUAUUGAGAUGAAGGAUUCAAAAAUUUCCUCUAUGGAGCGUGGGCUUCGAGACCUGGAAGAGGAAAUUCAGAUGCUGAAAUCAAAUGGGGCUUUGAGUACUGAAGAGCGGGAGGAAGAAAUGAAGCAAAUGGAGGUGUAUCGGAGCCAUUCUAAAUUUAUGAAAAAUAAGGUAGAGCAACUGAAGGAGGAGCUAAGUUCGAAAGAGGCUCAAGGGGAGGAGCUGAAAAAGAGAGCGGCUGGUCUUCAGGCUGAGGUCUUUGCCAUUGGCCAGGUGAAACAGGAGCUGUCCAGAAAGGACACAGAACUACUAGCCCUACAGACAAAGCUAGAAACGCUCACAAACCAGUUCUCAGACAGUAAGCAGCACAUUGAAGUGCUGAAGGAGUCUUUGACUGCCAAGGAGCAGAGGGCUGCCAUCCUGCAGACUGAG